GUCAGCUUGCUGGUCAACCGCCGGUUACCUUCUGCUUACAGUUUUUUUUGCAAAUACGCAAAUUAUUGCAAAAUUAGAAAAAAUAGUGAUCAGAUUGGCGAAAAAUAAAAUUGCAUACACUUUUAUUGUAGUUAAGACCAAUUGGCUGACGUGAAAAGUUUAGCAGAUUUGUGGCCGAUACUAUGGAAAUUAACGAAAACAAUUUCGAGCGUCUCGCUAACUAUUUGCAGCAAACCCUGAGCCCCGAUCCUGAAGUGCGUCGGCCCGCGGAGCGCUUCAUUGAAAGCAUCGAGAUAAGCCAAAACUAUCCCUUACUCUGUCUACACUUAAUCGAUCGAGCCCAAGUGGACAUCACAAUACGUGUAGCAGCUGCAAUCGCUUUUAAAAAUUUUGUGAAGCGUAACUGGGGCUAUCAUCUGGAUAACGAUGGCCCGGACAAGGUGGCCGAGUCGGACAGAAAUGGCAUCAAAACAUUGAUUGUUCCGUUGAUGUUGAAAUCGCCACUGUCGAUUCAAAAGCAGCUGAGCGAUGCAGUUAGCAUCAUCGGCAAAUACGAUUUCCCGCUCAAGUGGCCACAGCUGAUGGACGAGAUGAUCGAAAAGUUUGCUACUGGUGACUUUAACAUUAUUAAUGGCGUUCUGCAAACUGCCCAUUCACUGUUUAAACGAUAUCGUUACGAGUUCAAAUCGCAACAGCUGUGGGAGGAAAUUAAAUUCGUGCUGGAUAAGUUGGCGAAACCUUUGACGGAUCUGCUGCAGGCAACACUCAGUUUAGCUGAAGCGCACGCGAAUAAUGAGGAAGCGCUAAAAAUUAUAUAUGGCUCGCUGGUGCUUGUUUGUAAAGUGUUUUAUUCAUUAAACUCUCAGGAUUUGCCAGAAUUCUUCGAGGAUAAUAUGGAGACGUGGAUGAAAGCGUUCCACGCCAUGCUGACAAUAGACAUUCCUUGUUUGAAAACCUCGGAUGAUGAGGAUGCUGGAGUUUUGGAACUGUUACGAUCUCAGAUUUGUGAGAAUCUCUGCCUGUAUGCCCAAAAGUAUGACGAAGAAUUUGGACCGUACAUGCCUCAGUUUGUAACGGCUGUAUGGGAAUUGCUGGUCAAUACGGGCAUUCAAACAAAAUACGAUACCCUUGUUUCGAAUGCUCUAAACUUCUUGAGUACGGUUGCUGAUCGGAGUCAUUACAGGCAUCUGUUCGAAGAUCCAAAUGUGCUUGCAAGUAUUUGUGAAAAGGUUAUAAUACCCAACAUGGAUUUCCGUGUUUCGGAUGAAGAGCUUUUCGAAGACAAUCCGGAGGAAUACAUUCGACGAGAUAUUGAAGGAUCUGACGUGGAAACACGCCGACGAGCAGCUUGCGACCUGGUAAAAACACUUUCUCAGAACUUUGAAUCGAAGAUUAUCGAAAUCUUCGGUCAGUACUUGCAAGUUUUGUUGAGCAGAUAUGCAGAAAAUCCAGCCAAUAAUUGGAAGACCAAGGAUACUGCUAUUUAUCUAGUAACUUCCAUGGCUUCCAAAGGUCAAACUCAGAAACUAGGUGUUACACAAACCUCUGAGUUGGUACCACUGCCACAGUUUACCCAGCAACAAAUAAUACCAGAACUAGAGAGAGCUGAUGUGAAUGAACUACCUGUACUGAAAGCCGAUGCCCUGAAAUUCAUCAUGACAUUUCGAACUAUCCUUGGACCACAAAUUAUUGUAGCCACAUUGCCGCUAGUAGCGAAGCAUUUGGCUGCUGGAAACGUAGUCGUGCACAGCUAUGCUGCAUGCGCGAUCGAUAAAAUCCUCAUAAUGAAAGGGUCAGACAACAAACCGAUCGUCACAAAAGAAAUUUUGGCUCCACUCAGUGCCGAACUGAUCACCGGACUUUUCGCUGCUUUCACUGUACAGGGUUCCAACGAAAAUGAGUACAUCAUGAAGUGCAUUAUGAGGACACUGAACACCUUACAGGAAGCGUCGCUGUCUUUCAUGAUCGUCGUUCUACCUCGGCUCACAGAGAUACUAACCGUUGUUUCGAAGAAUCCAUCGAAACCGCAUUUCAAUCACUAUCUUUUUGAGACACUCUCGCUUUCGGUCAAGUUGGUAUGCAAAGCAGAUCCCAAUGCUGUGACGUCGUUCGAAGAGGCAUUGUUUCCAGUAUUCCAAGGCAUUUUACAGCAUGACGUUCUCGAAUUUAUGCCCUACGUAUUCCAAAUGCUGUCACUGUUUUUGGAGAUCCGAGAAGGUCACCGCGCAAUACCGGACACAUACCUGUCGUUGUUUCCCUGUCUCCUGGCACCGGCGCUUUGGGAAAGACCAGGCAACGUCACUCCGUUAAUUCGACUGCUGUGCGCAUUCGUCCGGCAAGCAUCCCCGCAAAUCAGUGCCGAUGGUAAACUUAAUGGCGUUCUCGGUGUUUUCCAAAAGAUGAUCGCAUCUAAAAACAACGACCAUGAAGGUUUCUAUUUAAUGCAGAAUCUUCUGUUGCAUUAUCCAGCGGAGGAACUCGGCCAAAGCAUGCGCCAGAUUUUCUCGCUUCUGUUCCAGCGUUUGAGUUCUACCAAGACUACUAAAUUUGUACGUAAUUUCAUCGUGUUUUUGUGCUUGUACGCAGCCAGAGUUGGGGCUCAAUCGCUCGUGCAGAUAAUCGAUAAUAUUCAGUCCUCGAUGUUCGGCAUGGUCAUCGAACGGAUUUUCAUCCCAGAUAUAAACAAGGUGUCAGGUGAACUGGAACAGAAAAUCGUUUCGGUUGGCAUAACAAAGCUGCUGUGCGAAGCGCCGGAAAUGAUCUCCGAUCAAUACGUGAAGUUUUGGCCUCAGUUGCUGCAAACCGUUAUCCAGAUAUUUGAGCUUCCCCCGGAUGAAACCACUAGUGAGGGAGAUACCUUCAUUGAAAUCGAAGACGUUCCGGGAUAUCAGGCCGCAUAUUCGCAGCUCAACUUUGCCCAAGCGAAACCAAUCGAUCCGUUGCCAGACGUCGGUAAUACUCGCCAGUAUCUGGUUCAACAUCUCGGUAAAUUGGCACAGAGUAAUCCAGGUAAGAUUGGUCUUCUGGUGUCCUCUCUACCUGCCGCCCAUCAAGAGGUACUGCAAAAGUACUGCGCCCAAAGUGGGGUACAAAUUGCAUAAAGGAAAAGUUAAUUGUCGCUUAUUCUGUUGCUCUACUAUAACUUUUUCGUUCAAGCCAAUUUAUAUGUUAAGAUGAAAUAAAGCUACUAGGUGUUACUUUUUAAA